GUGGACCUGUAAAGGGUGCCAGCAAUCGGUAGCAAAGUAAACUGUUGAGAUGGGGACUCCAGUUAUUUUGAAGAUAAUCCUGCCUGAUGGCACCCCGCAGAGAUUAACAUUUCCAAAUGGCCUCCCUUCAUCCGUGGAUAACCUGAUGAUAGAAGUCCAGGAGCAGUGUGGACUUCAUGGUGACUUCCGGCUGCAGUUCAUGGCUACAUUGUUUGAUUAUGAAUUUCUCAACCUCACCACAAUGUCAGAGGUGGAAAACAAGGGGACUCUGCGGCUCAUUCACAUGUCAAGGCCCUCCACAUCACAGGACGAGAGGUUUGGUGUGGAAAUGGGCCCCCAAUCACCCCAAUCACCCGGUCAUUCCUCAGUCAGGAGCACCUCAACUGUAGAUACUGAUGUGAUGUCAUCCCCUGAAUCAAGGUCCUCAAGGUCCUCAUGGCCUGCUGUGUUCAAAGUGCCUGAAUUCACCUAUGAUGCAGAAAUCAAACUUCAGAGGGGAAACUCUGCUUUCCAAACAAAUGGCACUCUGCUAUUUCCGGAUCCGAAAUUGAAGUCAAGCAUCCUUCAAGGCUUAGUCCAAGAAAUUGUGCAGUACAAGAUGUAUGUCAACGACCGCGAAAUUGAGCAAGUUGCCAAGUCACUCAUCCAAAAGCAUCCCUGCCUAGCAGACAAGGCCUCCCCCAAUGGAUGUGGGGGGUGGAAAAACAGUUUGAAAUACAAGAUGUCAAACUACCGUUCAGAUCUGAGGAGACUUGGAUGCCCUGAAGUGACGGUCAAUUCCCUUCAGAACAAACCAACAGACAGGCGCACCGCAGCCUUUGGCGUCAACAGACCGAAGAGGGCAGAAGUGAACUUUUGCCCCCAGUAUCCAUCUGCCGAAACGGAGACCAGUAUGGAGAGUUUGCGAGCAUCCCUCCUCCUAGAUGUGAAGAGGCGGAACGGCCAGGAGGAUGUUAGAGUUAAGAUGGACAGAACAUUCGCACACAGACGCCACGAAGUGGUACGCGAUGCUCCAUCGGUGGACACGCUAAUGGCAAGGUGGCCUGCACUCUUUGACGUCCGUGAGAUCAAUGCAGAAUUCAAAAGGAUUACGACCAUGCCUCUACAAUCGAAGGUCCUUUCGCAGCUUGAUGUAUACUCUGGGGACCUGUCUAGAUUGUUCGAGAGAAGAGGAGGACAGCUUGGAGAAAGGCUGAAAGGAAUUGUAGCUGAAUUAGCCCAUUGUGAUGAUGUUGAUGCUGGACGAGAGUGCAUCAUUAAGGGACUCUGCAUCUACCUGAAUGAAGCACCAGAAAACCUCAUACGUGAAUAAGUGGGCAUGGAUGAAGUUGCGCUUGAAGAGGCACUCGAGGGCAUCACCAUUGGCAUUGCAGUUGUGAAGGAGUCCCAACCAUCCCAGGAAU